AUGCAGGUGCUCCUCCAGUGCACUAGGCUUAUUCUGCCUCUUGCCUUCAUCCUGAUUUUAUCUUCAGUUCUAGGUUCUCCUGUGCAGAAAGCCAGGUACCAGUGGGUACGCUGCAGUCCUGACAGUAAUUCGGCAAACUGCAUUGAAGAAAAGGGACCAGAGUUUGAUCUACUUCCAAGUGAAUCCAGCAAAAUCCCACCUCCCAGGGCUGACCGUUUCUUAAUGACGAAUUCCAAGAAUUUGAAUGAAGUCUUCCCUCUUUCGGAGGAUGUCUCAGGAUCAGGCUCUGGAGCAGAAUCUGGAAGUGACUUCCUAAAUGAAAUAGAACAGGAAUACCAACCAGUAGAAGGAAAUGAUGCUUUUAAUUACAACUUUAGAUCUAGGGAGAGAAAUUUGCGCUCAUACAACCAGAACUUGGGGCAGGAUGGAUCAGAAGAGGAUUUUACUAUAUAA